CAAACUUUCAAACCCCCACCUCCCCAUCUCUCUCUCUCUCUCUCUCUUCUGCAACUUCUGUCAUUUUCCGUCAGCCCCUCUCGGAUUCCGGACACGCUCAAUCCACGAAAGGAUAUUUUCAAAAUUCUGCAAAUCAUUUAAUUCCGCUUCUCUCUACCGACGAGGAGGAGGAACCCGUUAUUUGGUUUUCGGGAGCUUUGACGGAUCCGAAAGGUCUUCUCUCGUGCUUCGUGUUGGUUUAGGAGAUUUAUAGAGUUUUGAUCCUCGGGCAGGGGGAAUAUAGUAAAACAAGAUGAUCGGAGAAGUGGAAGAGGAUUCGUUGUCGUUGAUUACUCCAUUAUUUAAGCCUGUACAUGGUUAUUAUUGGACGGAGAUUCUUAGAUAGAUCUUUUCGUGAUUACUCGCGUUUUUUAGGGUUAUAACCCUCGCUCCUCGCUUCCGGAUACGCUUUGAUUAGGGUUUUCGGCUAAGUAAUUUUCAGACCUGAAAUUAAUACAGGCCAUCUAGUACAAGAACCGGAUAAAAACGUCAUUUUCACAACAAAGAGAUUAAAGGAAUAAUUGGGUGGACAUUGGAGGACAACAAAAGCAUAUAAAGCAAUGGAGAAGAGCAAUAUGAGCACAAAAGAUCGCCAAAAUACUACAGGUUCUCCAAGAGCAGAGGUGGGAGAGAUAGAUACCAGGGCACCAUUUCAGUCUGUCAAAGAUGCUGUUAAUUUGUUCGGUGUAGGAGCUUUCUCAGGGGAGAAACCUAUCAUUAAAAAGUCAAAACCUCCUAUAGAGAGGGUGUUCGCAAAGGAGACCCAGCUUCAUUUGGCCAAAAAAGCACUAAACAAGCUCAAAGAACAGUUGAGAAAUGCUGAAACCACCAAGGUCCAAGCACAUGCUGAGCUUGAAAAGGCCAAAAAAACUGUUGAGGAUCUGACAAACAAGCUCAAAACUGUAAACGAAUCCAAGGAGUGUGCAAUUAAAGCAACAGAAGGAGCUAGAAAUCAGGUUAAGCAACUAGAAGAGGAAAAUUCUACAGGCCUUGCAGGAACUGGUGGUGCUUGGAAACAGGACUUUGAAAGGACAAGAGAACAGUAUACUGCUGCUAUGACUGAGCUUGAUGCUGCAAAACAGGAACUCAGUAAAAUCCGCCAAGAUUUUGAGGCAUCCAUGGAAGCAAAAGUUGCUGCCAUCCAGCAAGCAGUAGAGGCUGAAGGUGCAGCGAAUACUUGCAAAGAGAGGGCUAGUGAACUCUCAAAGGAGAUAGUGGCAGCACAAGAAUCACUUAUCCAUGUAAAGCUUGCUUCUUUGCAAGCCCAGGAGGAGCAGGCAAAUAUUAUUGCAGAAAAAGAUGCUCAACGGCAGUCUUACAAAGCUGCUCUGGAAGAAGCAGAGAAGAAGCUUCAAUCCAUAAAAAAGGAGUUCGACCCCGAACUUACCAGGAACCUUGAGGCAAAGCUAGCUGAAACAGCUGCUGAGAUAGGGUCUCUGCAAAAGGAGAUUGAAGAUGUCCGGGCUUCUGAUUUGGAUUCAGUGAAAACUGUGACACUAGAUCUUGAUGAUGCCAAAGAGGCACUGCAAAAAGUGGCAGAAGAAGAGAGCUCCCUCCGGAGCUUGGUGGACUCCCUUAAGCUGGAGCUAGAGAGCAUUAAGAAAGAGCAUUUAGAAUUAAAGGAGAAAGAAACUGAAACUGAAUCUGUUGCUGGGAAUCUUCAUGUCAAGCUCAGGAAAAGCAAGGCUGAGCUUGAGGCAGCCCUUGCUGAAGAAUCUAAAGCAAAACGUGCUUCUGAUGAACUGAUCUCAACACUGCUGCAGCUAACAUCAGAAUCUGAAAAUGCAAAGACUGAAGCAGAAGCCAUGAUGAAAAAGGCAGAAGAGCUGAGGGAGGAAGCUCAAGCUACCCAGAUUGCUCUAGAAGAAGCAGAAGAGAAGCUACAGGUUGCAUUGAAGGAGGCUGAAGAAGCAAAAGCGGCAGAGGCAAAAGCCCUUGAUCAGAUUAAGGAUUUGUCUGAAAGAACAAAUGCAGCUCGUGCAUCAACAUCUGAAUCUGGUGCCAAUAUCACAAUAUCAAAGGAGGAGUUUGAAUCUUUGAGCCGGAAAGUUGAGGAGUCUGAUAAGUUGGCCGAAAUGAAAGUAGCUGCUGCAAUGGCUCAGGUGGAAGCCGUGAAGGCAAGUGAAAAUGAAGCUCUCAAGAGGUUGGAGGCAAACGAGAAGGAGAUUGAGGAGAUAAAAGCUGCAACGGAGGAGGCUUUGAAGAGGGCAGAAUUGGCAGAGGCAGCAAAGAGGGCAAUAGAAGGAGAGCUAAAGAGGUGGCGUGAGAGAGAGCAAAAGAGGGCAACUGAAGCUGCAAGCCGGAUUCUGGCAGAGACACAGAUGCCUGUGGAAACAUCUCUGCACAAUGCCCACCACCACCACCACCACAUUCAGAAGCAUAACCCAUCAGAGAACGUUUCUUCAAUCCGUAAGAUGGACAAGGAUAAAAUACCUGUGGCAAUGAAGGCAUUGAUACCAAAUUUGAGCGGCGUCUUCCAUCAUCAUAAGAAGAAGAGCCAACUUGAGGGUGGGUCUCCCUCGUAUCUCCCUGGUGAGAAACCUGUGUGAAUUUUGUUUAGCCAUGAAUAUGAUUGUCUGUGCACGUGUGAAUGGGGUCAUGAAGGAAAAAAAAAAAAAAAAAAAACAUCCAUAAUAUGCCUUGCUUUUUGUAUAUUGGGAAUGUAGAUCACUCUGUUUUUUUCCUUCCUUUUGUCUAUCUGUCUCUGUCAUGAGAGGGAGAAAAAAAUAAGAGAACGAGACUGAAUUUAUUGCUCAUAAAUCUUCUUAAGCCUAUCACAUUUUGUAA